GUUUGGAAUUCGCAAUUUCCUUUCCUGAAGUUCCGGGCCACGAGCUCUCAUGCUCAAUGCACACAAUGCUUGCGGCAUCAAGCCUUGAUAUCAGCGUACAGUCGCUUUCUGAAUGCUCGUGUGGCCCAACAAAAGCUCUACGAAGCGCACCUUCGAGCUCAGUACCUUGACCGGGUAGCCUAUUGGCAGAACCGAGCCGAGAGUCGGAACAGAACUCUGGAGCUGGUGGUGAUCCAAGAUGGGAUGGAUCAGGGGAAGUUUGGAGUUCCGCGCCAUCCAAUGAUGAAGGCCAAGUCGAUGGAGGGAUUGGUCGCAGCGAGACCCCGACUUCACAUGACUGGCAUCUUGGCUCAUGGCUGGUGCUUGGCGUUUGCAUUGUCGGAAUCAACCUUGGCCAAGGAUUCCAAUACGCAAAUCGAAUUACUGGCAGCCGUCCUCACCAAGAUCCAAGAGCAGGGCGCUGAUUUGAGCAAGCUGCGGCUCACCCUGCAGGUUGACAACUGUUGCAGGGAGGCCAAAAACAACCAAGUGGUUCGAUUUUUGGCGGCACUUGUCAGCAACGGGACGCUGCCCGCAGCAAGGAUCAGGAACCUCAGAAGCGGACAUAGUCAUGAGGACAUCGAUCAGAUCUUCGGCCAGUGCGCUGAGGACAUCCUCCACAAUUGCCGUAGGGCAGAGACUUCGGAUGAUUUCCGUCGCCAUCUGGAGCAUUUUCUCCAGCGCAAGAUCCACCGUCCUCAUGAGGAACAGCGCUUUGUCUUCAAGGUGGAUCGCACAAGGGAUUGGAAAUCCUUCUUUGCAGCCAGUGUGCCUGUGUCCUUGCAGGGCAUUGGAGGGCCUGGCGCGCCGCAUGAGUUUCUGCUGGAACGACGGGUCGACACAGGAAUGUCCCUUGAAACUUUUCCCGCGUUUUUAUGUAAUCAUUAUCACCCCAUGCAGGACUCGAAGCUUCCGAAAUAUCUGAAGACCACUUUGCAAACUGGUCGCACCAUCCAUCGGAUGUCAUCCUGA